AUGGCUGCAUCGGCCGCAUCGGCUCAGCAUCCUGAGACGGGUUUCAGUGAGCGGAGCGCCGGGGCGCGCAUGGCAAUAGACCCUGAGAGAAUCUUGGGCGCCAACGGGAAUGGAGUCAUGGUUCAAUCUGGCAGCCUUGUGCAUGAGGGACGCUCCGGAGUGGAAGCUGCCGAGUUGCACUGGGUCGUUUGCAACUUGGUGAGCCACAGGUUAGACGCAUCACAGGCAGAUGCCUCGUUGUCUCAUCACAUCAUGCCCUGGGUGACCUUGAUGAAAUUCGACUUCCGGAACCCGGUCUGA